AUGGCUGGAAUUGCUGGACAGUCAAAGUAUGGAGCUCAGUCUGUGGCACUCUCUAGAGGUUAUGAGGACGACGACGAUCAUGGAGAAUGGUUUCUAUACACAGGAAGUGGAGGAAGAGAUAUGAGCGGCAACAAAAGGACUAACAAGGAGCAAACGUUUGACCAGAAGUUUGCAAACGCAAAUGAAGCUUUAAGAUUAAGUUGCAAAAUGGGUUAUCCUGUUCGUGUUGUCAGGUCUGAAAAGAAGUGUACUGCAUAUGCCUCUGCGAAAGGAGUAAGAUAUGAUGGAGUUUACAGGAUUGAGAAGUGCUGGCGAAAAGUUGGAAAACAGGGUGUUUUUAAGAUGUGUCGUUACCUGUUUGUGAGAUGUGACAAUGAGGCAGCUCCAUGGACCAGUGAUGAGCAUGGAGAUCGUCCAAGAUCUUUGCCUAAUAUUCCAGAGCUUGAGAUGGCAACAGACUUGUUUGAGAGAAGGGAAAGUGAUGGUCGAUGGAAAUGGAUGAAGCCUCCACCAGCUAGCCAAAAGGCACUUAAUGCUUUGGACCCUAAUGAGAGAAAAAGUCUGAGGAAAGCCAGAAGUUCAACACAGACCGUGAGAGAGAAACUUCUAAAAGAAUUUAGCUGCCAAAUCUGUAGGCAAGUGAUGAGUCUUCCUGUGACAACGCCUUGUGCUCACAACUUCUGCAAGCCAUGCAUAGAAGGCAGAUUUGUUGGGCAAACUGUAAUGACAGAAAGAAGCAAAGGUGGACGCACCCUUCGUGCAAGGAAGACCAUCAUGAACUGUCCUUGUUGUCCCACUGACAUUUCUGACUUUCUCCAAAACCCUCAGGUGAAUAGAGAUAUAAUGGCGGUGAUAGAGAAGCUGGCGGUGAAGAACAAGGAAGAGGACAAAGCAGAGCUUGUUAAUGCAUCAGAUGAAGAAGGUGCAAGCACAAGUGUAGAUGAAAACUCUGGCAUUACCGAAGAAGCUGAAGAAGAAACAUUGGUCGUCGCUGAAGAAGUUGAUGAACAGCCGAGGAAAAGGAUUAAACUGGACACUGACACACUAGUUUCUUCUGAGACUGUGGUGUAA